AUGCCUUCAAGAAAUGUAUUAAUUUCAACACAGUUACUUUUAUUCCUAGUUCUGUUGUAUUUGCCAUUCAAUGACGCCGGAUUUUUGUGUCACUUUUUCCGUUAUUUCAUUCCAAGUCUUCAAUGUGGUGGAGAUUCUGCUGCAAGUACUAGUAGCACUGGCACUUUUAGUUCAUCAAGACAGAAUACGGGAAGAGGUGACUCAUAA